CACGUCAAGAGGUUUGAUGCGCCAUGUGCAGGAAAUACUAUCAACAAUGUCAAGUAGCGUGCCACCCUACUGUAGAAAAUGUUGUUUAAUGUUUAUAUAAGAAGAAACAAGAGACAUAGAAACUGCAGGCUACUUAUAGAACAACCGACCGUAGGUGUAACGUUACACACGCUGUCUGUUGGAAUAGUGAUGUAGUUCAGAUUAAUCAUGUGGAGAAGAUCUCUGCGUGUGGGCUACAGAUGCUUUGGACCAAAGGGAACUUGGGGCUCCCAUUCAGUGCGUACAUGCAGUGCUCCAGCCUUACCUGCAGGCAGGAUCACAGCACUUCAGGCAUUGGACUUGUGGAAGAGAAACUUUGUGGAGAAUGGUGUAACGGAGCCUGACCACUCUAGCCGCUACAUCAUUGCUUAUCUGCUGGGGGCGAAAACUAUUGAAAGUCUUGAGGAGGGGAAGUUAACAGAGUUUCUCAGCCAAGAAAAAACAGAGCAGAUGUGGAAACUCUGCACCAGACGCCUCUCCAGAAUGCCUGUGCAGUAUGUGAUUGAGGAGUGGGACUUCAGAGAUCUGACGCUGAAGAUGAGACCUCCUGUGUUCAUACCAAGACCUGAAACCGAGGAGUUGGUUGAACUUGUGCUCACUGAUCUGAAAAGGAAGCCCGGGACUGGAGUAGGUGCAGACGCCCAGUAUACCUGCUUAGAAGUGGGAUGUGGCUCUGGUGCCAUUUCUCUUAGUCUGCUGAAGAGUCUGCCUCAGCUUAAAGCCAUCGCUGUGGAUCAAAGCCAGAAUGCAGUGGAUUUAACAAGAGAGAAUGCGUUUAGGUUGGGGCUUCAGGACAGAUUACAGAUUUAUCAAAUUGAUGUAAUGAGAGAUGCAGAAACUGUGUUGAGCCUCUGUAGCCCCGUUUCAGCUUUGGUCAGUAACCCUCCCUACCUGUUCUCAGAGGAUAUGACGUCACUGGAACCUGAAAUCUUCAGCUACUGUAUACCCAGGUUUGAAGACCAUGCUGCUUUAGAUGGAGGGAAAGAUGGCCUAAAAGUGAUCAGACAGAUUUUGAGUCUGGCUCCACAGAUUCUAUCAAAUCAUGGUCGUGUUUACUUGGAGGUGGACCCCAGACACCCCGUGCUCAUUCGACAGUGGGUGGAGGCGAAUGUGGCAGAGAUGCAUUAUGUGGAAACACGGCACGACAUCACUGGCAGGCCGCGAUUCUGCAUCCUUCAGAAAGAGAAGUCAAACAAGCACCACAAGCUGGAUCUGUAUUGAGAAACUGAGAUCCUAUUACGCUGGCUUUAGCCCAGGUCGCCUCAAGCUCAGUUCCCCUACCCCCACUGAUCCGCCAAGCACGUGCUCUCACUGAUUUAAUCACCCAAAAUUCACAAUUUGCAUGGGCUAAAAUCACUUCAUGUAAUUGCUCCCCUUUAAUUUGGUAACAUUUGUGAUCACCUCCUGUGCCACAUUAAAAGAAAAGGGUGCGAGAUGGUACAGAAAACAGGCUCAAAGCUGAAGGUAAUUACAGAGGCUUUUCUUGGAACCCUCCCUCUCAGAAUCUCACCCUCCUCCCAGGAAGCAUUCAGUAGUUCUGUGAAUCCGCUGAUGAACGGUCCUCCCCUUCGCUUGUCCACUCGCUGACUCAGAUGCUGGCUGUAUGCAUUGUUGAGCAAAAACACACACAAUGCUGCCUUUACUUUCUCAAACAAUCUGCAUCUCUCGCAGACUUAUGAUUCAAAGGCCACAAAGUCUCUGUGUUUCAAAGGUGAUUGAGGGCGAAAAUAUUUUGUAAGUGUCACAAGAGUAGCCAUCAUGUGGUGGUUAAUAAUGAUGAUGACAGUAUUUCUCGUUACCCUGUGAGUAAUACUGCCAUUUUAAGCAACACAAGAGAAAAAGAAUAUAAACAAAAGCAAGUUAAACGCCAAUUGCUUAUUUUAAUAGAAAAAUGUACACAUGUAAAAAGUAGAAAAAAUAAAAUGGCUUAAAAGGUGUCUCAAUGGAAUCAGUGGACUUCUUAGGAACAGUAUAUACAUCCAGGACUGAUGAGGGAACAAUGGAUAUGGACAAUUGCCACAUUCAGCAUAAAGUUAGUGUAGAGUACAGUAGUGAGCUUUGCUCACAAGAUGUCUUUUCUGGGGGUACUUCAUCACCCGGUCCUUGACAAAUAACUGAAUUUGUACAAAUAACUGAAUUUGUACACAUUUCGUCAGCAAAAACACGACCCUGUGUCCAGUACUUUCAUGACUGGCCUCUGCACUGCUGCAGCAGCAGUGUCCUUUUCCAGGCACAAAGGACCUGUUUAACAGUUAUUAUUCUUUUAAAGUCAGCUGAGAUUCAGCCUGUUGGUUUGCCUCAUACCUUGAAGGGAUAGUCCUGUAUGUAACGCAGCAGAGGCUUCGGGAGUGGUAGCUGGUCAGGACAGUCAGAGUGUCUGUUAAUGAUGAGCCUUGUGAGGUGCUGUAAGGAGGGGAGGCCCUGGGGCUUGUACACGGCCCGCUUCAGUUUUAAUACCACAGAUGUCUCCUCAAUUGUCUGCUGAGAGGGUUUUGAAGGGGCCUCCUCCUCCACCUUCCCCUCCACUGCUUUCCUCUCUGGUCCCAUGUAGUGUUGCACCAGGCUGGGCACAUUGGGGAAGGACGACAGGCUGGGCCGGGCCGGGGAGCUGGAGUCGAGCAAAAACUGGGCACCGCUGUACUGGAUCCGUAUACUGGUUGGACCGCGUGCUGUCCUGACCGAGAGGGUCAGCAUGUACAGAGGGUGGCUGCUGUCACGUACCAGAAAAGCUCCUUCAGAUGCCUCUUGAAGUGCAGCAUGGGCCUGAGCCGCAGUUACAGCUCCCCAGUACCAUCCUACACAAACAGAUUCCUAAAUGUUAGUCACUGAACAGUCAGUGCUGUACUUUUCUCUGUCCUGUAAGUUCAAUUAAUGUAAUUUAACUAAGUCCCUUACAAACAGUCUGGAACAGUUUUCAAGAAUCCUUUUUGUUAGGUUCAUUUGUUAGGUAGGCCUACUGUACCUGAAUUUUCUAGAUAGCAGAAGUUUCUGGCAAUUGCCCGCAGGUCCUUUGUGGGGUCCCAUAGCGGCGGGGUGCUUUGAAGGCAAGGGGAAGGAGGUACAGUUCCUGCCCGCAUACCCCGUGGGGCUUCGGUGGACGGAGCAGGGGGCAGAGGAGCUCUAGGACUGGAAAUAAGAUGGAAAAUAUGGUUAAGAAGGCAUAAAAAACACAGGGCUUCCAUCUUGAUGCAUAAUCUAUUAUUUGUAGUUAAGUAUUUAUUGCUAUAUAAUAAGAAUAAGACGAUGUGAAGUUUUUUUUCUUAUUUAUAAUUUUAUAAUCAUUGUUCUAUUUUGUGUUACAUCAUGUGUUUUGUUGUUUGUCUGUUAUUGAUGGUAAUCUUGGCCAGGACACUAUUGAAAAGAACAUUUUGAUCUCAGACAGGCCUUCCUCGUCAAAUAAAGGUUACCUAAAUAAAAA